UGGGGAAAGAGGUUGGUGAGACACGGUGGAUUUUCUUUACAUGAACAGAGAGCUGGUCCAAGAUUCCGUCUAAUCUCCAGAACGGGUCAUCACAUUUGCCCUUAUGAGAUUUGGCUACGGUCGAUUAAAUAAAUGGUAGACUGAAUUAAAUACACGUCCGCGCGGAUAGGAAUGCGGCAGGAGUAAACGGAACCCUUAAUGAUCAGAAAUAACCUCCUCCUACUGCGACUACACCGACAACGACAAAUGGCGAACAUCGACGGUGGUGCGUGUUGGGUGUUUGCCUUCACGGACUGUGUUUAUCUAUUGCAGGAAAGUGUGGACCAAGACACGAUGACAUGCCACGGAACAGCUGAAGCUUGAGACAGGGUGUGAGAAGACGCUUUAAAGCCUGAUCGAUGUUAAGCCCUGCACGCUGCUACCAUCGUACCCCCUGAUCAAUGCAAUUAUCCACCGACUAGAAGAGGAUUCUCGUGGUUGUCUCCGUGUGAUGCUUACGUCUGCAAGGUGUGCUGGCAGUCAGACCAACGAUCGCUAUGAGUUAGCAGAUUGGUACCUGCCUCGAAUCUCAUUCAUUUAAAACAAUCCAUAUUCCGUUGAGUCUUCAAACACGUUGUGGUUUUGUCAUAUGUUGAAAAAAAAACUUCUUUCGAUUAACAAUAUUUACUUGAAAGAAGUGCCAUUACUUCAAACCUGUUUAAUGUUUCCGACGCUCGACUAAGUGAGGCGUGUUGGUUUUGCCCUUACGAUCAACCACAUUCGAAAAGUAUCGGAUGUUUGCGCAUCGAUAAUACAGCUGAUUCAUUUCAAGGAAGGAGCAUCUAUUUUGAUACACCAAGUCCAUUCGUCGUAAGUAACCUUGAAUUAUCGACCACAUUUGCCAGAUAACGAGAUAAGAUGUUUGUCGAAUGUUGGUCUAAACAUGUUACAUUGUUUUGUGUGGAAAUAUACAGAAUGGGAGCUUUGUAGACAAAUAUGUCGUCAAUAUGAUGAGUCGCAUGUGCUCAACAUACGUGAAUCUGUGAAAGACAGGAAUCAAUAGUGUUCGUUGGCUUCUUCUCCCAUGGAGUGGAGUCGGGGAUACCUGAUACACUGUGAGACGUUCUCAAGCCAUCAUACAAACUGUCAACAGUGUCAUAACGUUGCUCAAGCUCAUCUCGCCAGUCAUCACCACUGAGGAAACAGAUAGGACUGUAAAAGCUCUCACCAUCACGCUUCUGACGAUGGAGUCCUCCACAUCUUCCUGUGUCGACUGCCCGACUGACGACUACCUCAACGUUACCGACACCAUGCCCUACUACGACACCACCAAUCACGACAACAUGCUGCUGCAGACAGUCGCUUCCAUGUUUCAUAAAUACGUGACCCCAACCGACGUGUUCGUUGGCCUGGUUGCCAACAUUGUGUCCAUCCUGGUGUUCGCGGGCAAGGAGCUGAGGAAGUUGUCCUCCAGUGUGUACGUGUUAUCUGUGCUGUCGGCCGACACCGGCUUGUUGUUGACGAUGUCGUUUCAGUGGUUGGAGACGCUGGGGUACAAGUUCACCCACAAACCAGGAAUAUGUCAGCUAUACGUGUACUUUCAGUAUUGUUUUAGUUUCCUCUCCGUGUGGUUCAUGGUGUGCAUCACUGUAGAGAACUACAUCACGAUAUGCCAUCCGAUGAGGAUAAGAACACUCUGUACUCUAACCCGAGCUCGUGGAGUCGUUAUAUCUUUACUUGUAUCCGCGCUUCUGAUAUAUAUGUUUUAUAUAUUCUCCACCCACGUUGCUACGAAUUCGUAUACCGGCAUCCCCAUGUGUCAGACCAAACCGAGCUGGGGCACCUUCAUGACCAUCAUCACCCUUAUAGAUACCGUUCUGACGCUGUUGUUGCCGUUCCUUGCAAUGAUGUUCAUGUUGGUGGCUAUUGUGUGCGCUAUCGUCACAUCCCUGAGGAAGAGAAGGAAGAGAACGACACGGGAGAGCCAGCGGUCAUCCAGCUGCCCUCAGGUCCGUGUGGCCAAGAUGCUUUUUGCUCUCUCCUUGACGUACCUGCUACUCAACAUCCCCGUCCACAGCGUCAGGUUGUACGCGCUCACGGUACAGAUAUUGGGCUAUACACAAAAUAGUUCAAUCUUCUUGAGUUUCAUCCUGUUGAUUUUUGAGCAGGUGUCCUACAUCAAUUUUUAUAUCAAGUUUUUCUUAUUUUUCGCCUUCAGUGCUAAUUUUCGGAAGGGUGUUUUUGGGGGUGGAUGCAGGCGCUGCCAGGUGUAUGCUCCUGUGUCCCAGACAACGGAGGGAACUAAGGUGUGACUCAACGACUCGGUGACUCAGAGCGACACAAUGUCCAGCCCUAGGACAGCAGUGUGACACAGUGUACAGCCCUAGGACAGCAGUGUGACACAGUGUACAGCCCUAGGACAGCAGUGUGACACAGUGUACAGCCCUAGGACAGCAGUGUGACACAGUGUGACUAAGUGUGAAGCCCUAUAACAGCGGUGUGACACAGUGUGCAUCCCUAGGACAUCAAUGUGACACAAUGUGCAGCCCAAGGACAGCAGUGUGACACAAUGUGCAGCCCUAGGACAGCAGUGUGACUCAGUGUGCAGCCCUAGGACUGUGGUGUCAGACAGCGUGACACAAUGUGUAGCCCUAGGACAGCAGUGUGACACAGUGUGACUCAGUAUGCAGCCCUAGGACAGCAGUGUGACACAGUGUGACACAGUAUGCAGCCCUAGGAAGCAGUGUGACUGAGUGUUACAGUGUGCAGCCCUAGGACAGCAGUGUGAAACAGUGUGACGCAGUGUGCAGCCCUAGGACAGCAGAGUGAUUCCGUGUGCAUCCCUAGGACAGCAGUGUGACUCAGUGUGCAGCCCUAGGACAGCAGUGUGACACAGUGUGCAGCCCUAGGACAGCAGUGUGACUCAGUGUGCAGCCCUAGGACAGCAGUGUGACACAGUGUGCAAUCCUAGAACAGCAGUGUGACACAGUGUGCAAUCCUAGAACAGCAGUGUGACGCAGUGUGCAGCCCUAGGACAGCAGUGUGAUACAAUGUGCAGCCCUAGGACAGCAGUGUGACACAGUGUGCAAUCCUAGAACAGCAGUGUGACACAGUGUGCAAUCCUAGAACAGCAGUGUGACGCAGUGUGCAGCCCUAGGACAGCAGUGUGAUACAAUGUGCAGCCCUAGGACAGCAGUGUGACACAGUGUGCAAUCCUAGAACAGCAGUGUGACGCAGUGUGCAGCCCUAGGACAGCAGUGUGACACAAUGUGCAGCCCUAGGACUGCGGUGUAACACAGCGUGACACAGUGUGCAACCCUAGGACAGCGGUAUAAAAAAGUGUGACUCAGUGUGCACCCUAGGACAGCAGUGUGACUCAGUAUGCAGCCCUAGGACAGCAAUGUGACACAGUGUGCAGCCUUAGGACUGCGGUGUAACACAGCGUGACACAAUGUGCAGCCCUAGGACAGCAGCGUGACUCAGUGUGCAGCCCUAGGACAGCAGUGUGACUCAGUGUGCAGCCCUAGGACAGCAGUGUGACUCAGUGUGAGUGUGCAGCCCAAGGACAGGAGUGUGACACAGUGUGCAACCCUAGGAGUGAGUGAGUGAGUUGGGUUUAACGCCGCUUUUAACAGUAUUCCAGUUAAAUCACGGCGUGUCAGCUUAAUGUUGGAGAAAAGCCCGAAGUGAUGCGGGUCUCAGACGUUUACCACUUC